GCUUGUCUUCGUCCACUUCGUCCUACGCAAAGCACACCCGUCAUCUCGCCGCGCCACCAAUCGCCGCUGUACCAAGCUCGAUCGAGGCGUCGAUCGAGGACAGCAUGCCGUGUAUGCUUGGCCCAUCCUCGAGAACGAAUGGGAUGGAUCUUGAAACGGCGGCAGAAUGUUUGUCGAAACGCGAAUUCCCGUGCAAGUUUCGCCAACGGCGGCGAUGGUCCUGCUAUCGAAGCUAACGCUGCCAGACGCAGACAAGAACAGCAAAGCCAGCAAGACGCCCAUCACGCAGCUGACGUCGUCGCAAUGCAUCCAAUGGCUGAACCCACGGCGCCAGGCACACGGCCUGCCAACGUACAGCAGCAACAAACCGCCGCCCGUCGAACAGCUACGUAGCGAAAUCAUCGAUGCCGUGCAGAACGGGACGUACAGCCACACAACCAUCCGCGCGUACGACGACGACGAAGCGAAUCACCCCAAGCCCCUCGGCGCGCGGUGGUCGCGGAACAUGCCCGUCACCCGCCAGCACCUCGCGGCAAACCAAAGCAUUCCGUACACAGAUCUGUGGACUGCUGCGUUUCACGGACGCGUCGCCGAGGUGCAAUACUACGUCCGCCACGGCCUGCAUCCAGACACGGCGGAAUUCGGGUACCCGAACCAAACGCCACUGCACUACGCUGCCGCGGGAGGCAGCGCGGCCAUGGUGACGUACUUGCUUGCCAUGCACUGCAGCCUCGUCGCCGUCGACGCGAAUGGAAACACUCCAGUGCACUUGGCGGCGCGAUGGGGUCGUCGGGAAGUUAUCAAGGUCAUGAAGAUGGAGACGAACGAUGGUUCGUGGACCAUCCAGAACAAAGCGGGGCAGACGCCGGACGCGAUCGCCCGUGCCCAUGGCCACGAAGAAAGAGUCGGCGUGUUGUAGUGUCGAUGAAAAAUUGCUUUAGUCGGCGCGGCGAUGCGGCCUAUUCCAGCGCGGUGUACCUG